AUGGAAUUGUAUUUUACUGCUGCAAGGGUGCCUGACGCGGAAAAGUUGAAUAUUACCACAAUGUAUUUGUCGGGUGAUGCGAAACUUUGGUGGAGGACUCGUAAUGUAGACGAUGUAAGUGUUGGUCGUCCUAGAAUUGAUACAUGGGAUAAGCUAAUCAAAGUAAUGCUUGAUCAAUUUCUUCUUAGCAAUGCAUCUUGGCUUGCUAGGGAUAAAUUGAAAAGGCUAAGGCAGACGGGUUCAGUGAGGGAAUACAUAAAUGAAUUUACCUCUGUGAUUUUAGACAUACAGAAUAUGUCUGAUGAGGAUAAACUUCACAACGUCAUUUCGAGCAUGCAAGGCUGGGCUCAAAACGAACUAUGGAGGCAGAAUGUUAAAGAUCAGCCCGGGGCAAUUGCUGCUGCCAAUUCGUUAGUGGAUUUUCGGAUGACUCGUCGUUCGACAGACGUCCCCUCCAUUUCAAAAACUAAGAAAAAGAAUGAGAAGAAAGGUAAACGGAGAAAGGAUAGUUGUAAAGAUAAUACAAAUGAUAAAGGAAAGGCACAAAUGAAGGAUUGA